UUUACUAAAGGCACGACUGUAAACGGCUUUGGUUUUUGUCUGCGUUUGUUUGAAAUGGCGGAAGAGAGUCAGCCCGUUUCUAGGUAUAAAUACGCGGUUUUUACGGUGUUUCUUCUGCGACAAGUUGACUUUUUUUAUUGACCUUUGAGAUUUCCUGUAUGAAACAAGCUCGAGACAAUGAGCACACAACAUCUGACACUUUACUCCAGACUCCACAAUUAAAUUGUUUGGCAAAAUGUAUGACAGGAUAUAUAGUUUGUUUGCAUUGUGAAAAGGAUGUGUUUUUAUGCUCCUUAUCUGCUACCACCGAAACAGCGUGGUUCUCGACGAUGAGAAGAAGGAAACGUUCAAGAAUAGUGAGGAUGUUGCUUUUUACAGGCGACAGAUGCAGGGUCCCAGCAUGAAGCACCGAGCCCUGCUGGACACCAUGGUCCUCACAGAGAAGGGUGCACACUUUGAAUUGUUGGAGCUGAACACACAGACCAGACUGCUUCUGUCUUUGUCAGCUUGCAAACRUGGUAUUGUAAGGAUAUUAAUAGAUGAAUUGCAGCCCAUUAAAGCUCGAUACAGAGUUGCAGAUGUGAUGACUGAAGAACCUCAAAGUGAACAACUGAGAGUGGAGAGACGGACUAAGGAUUCUGUCACCCUUUCUUGGUCUUCAGGACAUUACCAGGUCUGUGUGUGGUGCUUCCCUUUCCGACUCGAGAUCCUGUGCGAACGUGAAGUGGUGGUCACGUUCAACUCUAAAGACAAGCUGUGGUUUGAAAGACUCCAGGAUCCUCCCAGGGCUUCAUCACAUGGCAGUGAGCAUGAAGAGGAUGAGACAAGUUCUUUAUGGAAGGAAACUUUCCAGAAGUUUGUGGAUAUAAAGGCUAAUGGUCCGAGCAGCAUCGGUGCAGACCUCAACCUUCAUGGGUUCAGACACGUCUAUGGCAUACCAGAACACUCGGACAAACUGCAGCUCAGGGACACCAAAGAGGGUGAACCUUACCGGUUGUACAACUUGGAUGUUUUUGCCUACGAGCUGUACAGCCGUCUGGGCCUGUAUGGAUCCGUACCACUGAUGCUGGCUCAUGAACCAAACAGAACUAUUGGUGUAUUUUGGCUGAAUGCAUCAGAGACUUUUGUAAACAUACAUCAGUCUCCUGUGGACCAUCAGGAUGAGCGAACACCCCAGGUGAAAAGGAGGCGUGUUCAGCCUCACACUGACGUCCACUGGCUGUCAGAGAGUGGUGUGAUAGACUGCAUGGUUCUGCUUGGGCCCAGCCCACAUCAGCUCUUCAGCCAGUACGCUCAGCUGACAGGGUACCAAGCUCUUCCUCCGCUGUUUGCCCUGGGGUACCACCAGUGCCGYUGGAACUACAAUGACGAGGCGGACGUGAAGGCUGUGGAUGCUGGAUUUGAUCUCCACAAAAUCCCUUAUGAUGUCAUCUGGCUGGACAUUGAGCACACAGACGGGAAGCGUUACUUCACCUGGGACCCUGCUGCCUUUCCUGAGCCGGUGAAGCUUCAGCAACAUUUAGAGAAAAAAAACAGGAAGAUGGUUGUGAUAAGUGACCCCCACAUUAAGAAUGAUACUGAUUGGUCYAUGUUCUGUGAGGCCAGAGAUGGAGGACAUUUUGUUAAGGACAGAGAGGGACAGAUCUAUCGGGGCUCAUGCUGGCCUGGUGARGCUUCAUAUCUUGAUUUCAGCAAUCCGGUAACUCGAUCAUGGUACUCCAGGUGCUUCGGUUUGGAUAAAUACAAGGGUUCGACAUCAUCGCUGUUUGUGUGGAACGAUAUGAAUGAGCCGUCUGUUUUCGAUGGUCCAGAGAAGACCAUGUCAAAGGAUGCAGUGCAUCAUGGAGGCUGGGAACAUCGAGAUUUACACAAUCUGUACGGCUUUUACCAGCACAUGGCUACAAUGGAGGGUCUGAUAACUCGCUCAGGAGGCUUAGAGAGACCGUUUGUGCUCUCCCGCUCUUUCUUCGCCGGGUCACAGAGAUUUGGAGCAGUAUGGACCGGUGACAACGUCGCCUGCUGGGAGUAUCUGAAGAUUUCAAUUCCAAUGGUUUUGUCUCUGAGCUUGGYAGGCAUAGCGUUCUGUGGAGCCGAUGUCGGUGGCUUUGUUCAGGAUCCAGACCCCGAGUUGCUGGUUCGCUGGUACCAGGCUGCAGCCUUGCAGCCAUUUUUCCGAGGUCACGCUGCAAUGGGUACGAAACGGCGUGAACCCUGGCUUUUUGGAGAAGAAAUCACAGCAGCUAUCCGCACCGUCAUCCAACGAAGGUACCAUCUGUUGCCGUACUGGUACACACUUUUCCACAAGGCUCACACCUGUGGUCUGCCUCCUGUCAGGCCUCUGUGGGUGGAAUUUCCAAAAGAAAAGACUUUUGCAGAGGACUCUCAGUACAUGAUUGGGGGAGCACUGCUGGCCUGUCCUAUAACACAACCAGGAGUUCAAGAAGUCAAAAUCUUUCUUCCUGGUUGUACUGAGGUUUGGUAUGACAUCAGUUCUGGUGAGAUGUACAAAGGAGGCAGGACUUUGGUUCUUCCAGUCACUCUGGACACAGUUCCAGUGUUUCAACGAGGCGGCUCGAUGGUCUGCAGAUCAGCAGGAAGCGGCACGUGCACRGCUGACUUCCAACAGCUGCCUCUCGCUGUCACCGUGGCUUUAAACAGUCAGGGCAGCGCUGAUGRUGAAUUGUACCUUGAUGAUGGCCACUCCUUUAAAUACCGCGACAGAAAGGCCUUCUGUCUGCGCAGGUUCACCAUGCAGUCAGGCCGUCUGCUCUCCCGUCCCGCCUGUGAAGAAGGAACAUUUGACACUGAGUCGGUCAUUCAGUCAGUUACCGUCCUGGGGCUGAAGAACAAACCGUCCACCAUCAGUGUCCAUGUGCCAGGCACUGAGUCCAUAUCAGCUGCGUUUGAGUACUCGGAGUCCUGCUGCAUGCUGACAGUGAGAAACCUGAGCCUCAGAGUGGUGAUGGACUGGGACAUACAGAUGACUUAACAGUGGAUGGAUACAUCCAGGUUUUAUUUUGUUUGGAUCUCUUGUUUAUCACAACAACACCCUAAAAAAUGUUUUGUUGGCUCAACUUUUAAAAGAUUGUUGCAACAAUUUCCACUCAGCUUUUUAAGUUACCAACACUGCCUAUUAUUAAUACACGGUAAAUUGCUUGAACUUUUAUUGCUUUAUCAAGUCCAAGGACCCCAAAGUGCUUUGCACUCCUGUCAUUCACCCUUACGUUCACAACAACUGAAUUAGACGGAGUGGGGUUCGAACCAGCAACCCACAGGUUACAGGACAACUCCUCUACCUCCUCUUGCUAUUGUCAACCCACUUCCAUCAUGUACUGUGAUUUUAGGUUCAUCUGUCUCAACUGGUUUAGCAACCAACAUAAUUUAACUUGAGCAUAAUAAAGCUGAAGCAACCAAAAUUUAA